GGUCGGUUUCACUUCUCUCGUUCGUUUCUUUCCCUUGAAACAGCAGCUGUCUCAGUAGUAGACAAGGCGAACAGUUGUCCUCGGUGGGGACUGAGGAUAUUAAUUGAGCUAGUCGUGAAAACGGAGAAAGGAAAGCCGCCGCGGCAUCGUGGUGAGUCCGGGUCUCAUCGACUUCAGCCGGUGCUUUGAGCGUCACUGCGGCGCCUCUGCGCCACUCAAUCCUGCCUUUAAUUUGGUUCCACAGACGAGUUGUGAACAUCUCUGUCAUGGACUCGCAGACUGCAGACCCAAAGAUCACCGUGAUUAAGGUGAGUAAUGGACCCUUGACAGGCUCUAGGAAGCGGCCGUCAGAGGGAAAUUACGAGAAGGAGAAGGACGUGUGCAUCCAGCUCUUUGAUCAGUGGUCUGAGGCAGACCAGGUGGAGUUUGUGGAACACCUGAUCUCACGAAUGUGCCAUUACCAACACGGCCACAUAAACUCCUACCUCAAACCCAUGCUCCAAAGGGACUUCAUAACGGCACUUCCAGCUCAGGGUCUGGAUCAUAUAGCAGAGAACAUCUUGUCCUUCCUGGAUGCGCGCUCGCUCUGUUCGGCUGAGCUGGUGUGUAAAGAAUGGCAGCGUGUAAUAUCCGAAGGCAUGUUGUGGAAGAAGCUGAUCGAGAGGAUGGUUCGGACAGACCCACUGUGGAAGGGCCUUUCAGAGAGACACCAGUGGGAAAAAUACCUGUUCAAGAAUCGCACAACAGAAGUUCCUCCAAACUCCUACUACCGCUCUCUUUAUCCAAAAAUCAUUCAGGACAUUGAGACCAUCGAGGCGAACUGGAGGUGCGGCCGACAUAACCUGCAGAGGAUCCAGUGUAGGUCGGAGAACAGCAAAGGUGUUUACUGCCUCCAGUAUGAUGACGAAAAGAUCAUCAGCGGUCUACGCGAUAACUCCAUCAAGAUAUGGGAUAAACAGACUCUGGAGUGUUUGAAGAUCCUGACGGGGCACACAGGCUCUGUGCUGUGUCUGCAGUACGAUGAGAGAGUCAUUGUUACCGGCUCCUCUGAUUCCACUGUCAGAGUGUGGGAUGUGACCUCGGGGGAGGUUCUGAACACUCUGAUCCAUCACAACGAGGCCGUGCUCCACCUGCGAUUCUGUAACGGGCUGAUGGUCACCUGCUCGAAGGAUCGCUCCAUCGCCGUGUGGGACAUGGCCUCUCCUACUGACAUCAGUCUCCGCCGGGUCCUCGUCGGUCACAGGGCUGCUGUCAAUGUUGUCGACUUUGACGACAAGUACAUUGUCUCUGCCUCUGGGGAUCGGACCAUAAAGGUGUGGAGUACGAGCACCUGUGAGUUUGUUCGGACACUAAACGGCCAUAAGCGAGGAAUUGCCUGCCUGCAGUACAGAGACAGACUUGUGGUCAGCGGCUCCUCAGACAACACCAUCAGGCUGUGGGAUAUUGAGUGUGGAGCUUGCUUACGGGUUUUGGAAGGGCACGAGGAACUUGUUCGCUGUAUUCGCUUUGAUAACAAGCGGAUCGUGAGUGGAGCAUAUGAUGGUAAAAUUAAAGUAUGGGACCUACAAGCUGCUCUUGAUCCACGAGCCCCAGCCAGCACUCUGUGUCUACGUACACUAGUGGAACAUUCUGGCCGAGUGUUCCGGCUCCAAUUCGAUGAGUUCCAGAUCAUCAGCAGUUCUCACGAUGACACUAUCCUUAUCUGGGACUUCCUUAAUGUGUUGACCAAUGGGCAGACGGAAGGACGAUCGCCGUCCCGCACGUAUACCUACAUAUCCAGAUAGCAGGGAAGUCUUGGUGGCGUGCGGAGUGUGUGCGAGUGUGUGUGGGGACUGUUCGUGUGACCCAGUCUCUGUGGAAGUGUGCCGGGAUCAAAGGUCGAGGAACGCCACCACCACCCCCCUUAACUUCACCCUCCUCUCUCCAUCUGUCCGUUUUAUUUCUCCCCCUCUUCUGUCGUUUUGAGGGCCGCCCCACAACACAAACUGCAUCAGUUCUCUUUCUCCAUCUCUGCGGAGGAGGAGGCGGAGAAAAGAUGGAGAGAGCGAUGCCAUUAAGCCUAGAACGUAAGGGUGGGUGUUGAAGCCCCCCCCCCUGCCACCGAAUACAGAGUGACGGCUGCCCCGGCUCCGCCCCUGGGCUCAUGAACUCUGUAUCAAUCUUUUGUUUGUUUAUUUUUUAUUGAUUCAAAAAGAAAAAUGAAAACUAAAGGGAGAAGGCAAGGUUUGAGUGCCUUCCUUCCCUCAGGACUGUUCUGCAUGAAUGAGUGAGCGAUGGGAUGUGUAAUGUGUGCUGGUCAACCCCUCGGUUUCUGUCUUUUUUUUUUUUUUUUUUUAUGCUUUUUUUUUUUUUUUUUUUUUUUAGGCUGGGAGAUUGACUUUAUAUUUUCUUUUCUUGUGAAAUCGUAUGAAUAAUUGUAGUUUUUUGAGUCCUCUCCUGAUAUGUCCCUCCAUUUCUCAUUUUUAGCGCUGUCCGUCUUGUUCCCCUUUUCACUGUCUGCUCGUCUAGGUUCUGAAUGACCCGUAACUGAUCUGAAUUUAGUUGUAAACAGAAUUGUCUCGUCUUAAAUGGUGUUGUAUAUUGAAAAGAUUUUUUUAAUGAAAAAAAAAAGCGUUAUUAAUAAGAAUAAAGUACUUGACUGUGAA